GCAACGCAGCAGUACACCUCAGCUGCUGCUGGCAUCGGCCAUGCUUGCCGUCACGUCGGCGCUCGAUGGGUGCCAGCAGUGUGAAGCCACCGGCAACUGCGCAACGGCGUACCGCAACACGCCGGGGCGAUUUUGCGGGCACUGGCUCAGUAAUAUGGGUGCGACGCUCGGCUGCUGCUGCCCAACGGGCGCCAUUUGCGCCGUGUCGAAUUAUGCAUGCGAGUGCAAGAAUCAGCCGACGACAUCCUCCAGCUCGAGCGGCGGACUCAUCGGCGGCAUCGUCGGGGGUGUGAUCUUUAUCUUCAUCGUCGUGGGCUUUGCCUGCUUCUUUCGGAAAUGCUUCAAACUCUGCUGCGGCGUUCGCCACAUCAUCACGGUGCCGCAGCAAGCCGUGCCAAUGGCCGUGCCCAUGGCACAGCCCAUCGUGUACCCACCGCAAGGCCAAGGCGGAUACCCAGGGCAGCCCGUGAAACAACAGCCAUACUGUGGUGGCCAACCCCAAGCCAUGUACCCGGGGCAGCAGCCGCAGCAAGUAAUGUACCCCGGCCAGCAAGUCAUGUACCCCGGCCAGCAGCCGCAACAGGUCAUGUACCAACCCCAGCCCCAGCCAGUGUUGUACCAGCCACAGCCCCAAGUGGUGUAUCAGCCGCAACCUCAAGUGUUUGGCGGGGCUCAUGUCGUCGUGGCGCCGCACCCCGUCGUUUACGGCGGCAACAACGGCUUCGUCGAAGGCAUGAUCGUCGGUGGCAUGCUUGACGGUGGGCACCACCACCAUCACUUUGGCGGCUUUGGCGACGGCGGCGACUAUGGCCGUGAUGGUGGUGGCUUUGGCGGCGACUUUGGCGGCGGUGGUGGUGACGGCGGGGGUACUUUUGGUGGUGACUUUUAGUCUAAGCUAUUGCAUCUAUUAUUGCAUUGUUAUCCUAUACAACUCACGACGCUUCC